AAGCGCGCACCGAUUCGAACCGUCUCCAAUCGCGACGUGUUCCGUCCGUUGGUGCGAUUCGAAAAAAUACAAUUUACAUGAAAGAACAGAAGAGCCAUGAAACCAACGAGCAGUCACGUUUAAAAUUUUAAACGAACGAGGCCCGAAGGAAACGUUCGACGCUUUUGACUCUUUAGCGAUCGAUAAAUAUGCGUUUAACCGAUGUCUAUGCAGCUUGAUCGAAAAACUUUCGUCCACGGAUUCUGACGAGAAAGAGGAUAAGGAAGUUAUCGGGGCAACGAAGAAGGAUUAAAGCGAAAACCAAUUUGCAACCCUAAGGGUCCAACGAAGAAUCUGUCGAAGCCCUUUGAUCCGAUCACGUGACUCUGUUUCAGCGUUCCGUUGCCGUCAACGUUCAAACGUCGCGUGCAACUGACUUAACCGUGUUUGUUAACAUAGAGCCGAACAGACUCGCACGAGACACGACUGUGCGUGGCAAUAUCGAUCAUUAAUAACGCGAACACGUACUGUUUUGCAUCCGCGGCCGAGACUACGUGGGCGCGUGCAAUAUUGGAUCACCCGCUGGGCUAAGUGACGCGGUAACUUUUCGAAAGUUCAAACAGUGUACAAACUACGAGGUAUCCAGGAUAUAUGCGUUACUACCGUGUUGUAAAAGCCAUAGAAACUACGGGCCAACUAUGUUAUGUGGAGUGAUAACAAUGUAGCCUGAGGCUACCACGCGAGAGGGAAUAUUCGAAAUUGUUGCACGUUUCGGAGAUUAAGUUGCUGACGUUAUCCGCGUGAUUGGAGAUUCCCCAUUCUGUUUCUCGCGAUCGGGCAGUUCUCGAUUGGCAAAUAAACGUGAAACGGGCCGUGUCGCGCUCGUCUUAUUCACACGAAACAUGUUCCCUCGAACCAUGGCAUCUUAGAUUGAACGUAACGGCUUCGGAAGCUGGAAGAGGCUGACAAAGAUGACGGUUUAGUCGCUGCCGAUUAUGAAAACUGCAAUUGAUUGCGCUGUAAUCGAUAGAUUUUCGCUCGACGAAGAACGAAUGUCGAGCACGUAACGAACGAGAUUCGCGAACGAUCAAUUCCACUUGUCGUCCGGAAGCACACUGGCAAGCGAAGGGACACCUAUCAAACGCUUCCACGAUGGACUUUUCAAUAGAAACCACGCUUAUGGACCUCGCCGUGAACGCUUCAUCGAAUAUUUCCACGGAAAACAAUUUUGAGAACAAGCACGAAGUCUCGCCUUUACCUCUCGUCAUUCUCAGCAUACUGUACGGAAGUAUAUCUAUUUUUGCGGUAGUAGGGAACUCCCUUGUCAUAUGGAUAAUCGGGACGUCCAAGCGAAUGCAGAAUGUAACAAACAUAUUUAUAGGAAACCUAGCAUUAGCGGACAUCGUCAUUGGUUUAUUCUCGAUUCCUUUUCGGUUUCAAGGGGCUCUACUGCAAAGAUGGGACCUGCCCUAUUUUAUGUGCCCUUUCAGCCCGUUUGUCCAAAUUCUCUCUGUGAACGUUUCGAUUUUCACACUGACGGCAAUCGCACUUGACCGACACAGAGCGAUUUUGAAACCUCUCAGCGUGAAACCGACCAAACGAACUGCUAAACUAGUCGUCGCUACAAUUUGGAUAAUUUCGGGAAUUUUGGCGACACCAGUGGCAAUUGCACAUCGUGUUAUGGAACCGAAAAACAAAAACCCGGAUCCACGCAACCCUGAUGAUUUCAAGUCGAUCUGCAUGUACGUGAAUCUUUCACAGAACGCGAUGUUAAUUUACGGAGCGGUGUUGGCAUUUUUGCAAUAUCUAAUGCCCCUUUCAAUCAUUUCUUGCGUCUAUGCAAGAGUGGCAUUGAAACUGUGGGGCAGCACAGCACCCGGAAACGCAGAAGAUUCUCGGGAUGCGAAUAUGAUAAAGAAUAAGAUAAAGGUCAUCAAAAUGCUAAUUACUGUCGUGGUCCUUUUUGGGCUUUGUUGGCUGCCUUUCCAUAUUUAUUUCGUAUUUCAAUUUCUGUAUCCAGAAAUAAACCAGUACGAACACAUCCAUUAUAUAUUUUUUUGCAUCGACUGGUUAGCCAUGUCGAACAGUUGCGUAAAUCCAGUUAUCUACGGCAUAUAUACAGACAAUUUCAGAAGGGAAUUCCGUCAAAGAAGUCCCUUCAAAUGGCGUAAAUCGACAACCAAUCCACCGAUAGAUACUACAGAAAUGAAUAAAACGCAAUGUUCGCGAACCUCCAUUAGAUUCGAAUGGAAACGCCCGAAUUCCGGCAAUUAUCCGACAGUGACAUCUUUUCAAAAAGGUGUACCGAUUAAAGGAUCGAAUAAUUCGUUCAUCGACGACCAUGAAGCAUGUACACGAAGCAACAGAAUCGGCCAUUACGCGGAUAACAUUGAAGAAAAUCAUUGCACGUCGUCAUCUAACAAAAGUGAAGAAUUAUACGUUUUUGUACCGGAACCGGAGCAAAAUCCUCACGGGAUAAAGUAUAGCUUGUAAUGCCAAAGAUUCGAUGAAUCAUAUAAUUAAUUUAUAUAGCGCUGGUGACAAACGAGAUUGAAUUUUCAUCCAAGUGUAAAUACCGUGACAUUGCAUAUAUCGUAAGUACACAAAUAAAUGUAUAUGUGUGUAUAAAUGCAGUAGCGCAGAGGUGUUCAAAUUAAGGGGUUUAUGUAUUCUUUUUCGUCUGGGUUAAAAAACAGACUCCUUUUGUUAAUAUUUAAAUUGCUUGAGAUCUUUAAAAUAUUUCUACCAAAUUAUAUAGAAAAAAUUCGGUUUCUUAGGAGUUUAACUCGCGCACUUUUGCUGUAAUGGACCGAUUGGGUGCUGACUACCUCUCGCGUAUUUUUGUUACUUACUCUGAUCGUUGCUCAUACUCAUCAGUGAUAAAAAUAACUAAAUUUCUCAUAUCAACUUAUGGAGUUACGCCAUCUUGGCGGCGUCAAAUUGAAAUAAAUUUUAAAUAUUUAAAGAAUAUUGGACGCGAGACUGUAAGAAAUCUAUAAGAAGUAUGGUAUUUAAAAGAAACCAAGCUGUUUACAUCAGUCAUGUUUUUAUUAUUGUUUGAACAGUAAAUGUAAACAGAAAUUGUACAUCGUGAUAGGCAAUAUGGUUGAUUCGAUUUGUGUUGGUCGCAAAGGUGGCUUAACUUCUUAAAGUCAAUCAUACUAUAUCUGUACAUACAUAUAUAAAGUUCAUCCUAAACAUCGAUUGUUUAAUUUUCUAUUAAUCUAUUUAAUAAGCUUAUAUAUAUGUUCCUCUUUAUAUUUAAUACUAGUAUUACCAAAAAUCUAAUGAUAGAUCGCGGAUAAUAGAACUCGUAGAAAUAAUUACGUAAUCGCAGGAAAGAUAAAAUGAACACAAUACGAAAAUUCAGUA